GCAGAGCCGAGGUGAAUGCGGAAGUGGAGAGGGUAGCAGAGGAGGGGGACAGGUCCCAAUGCCCUCGCUGGGUCGUUUCCUGUGUAAUGGGCCAUCACAAUGUUUUAUUUUCCCAACCUUUUCAUGUGCCUUUGUAGUCUUUUCACAUGGUCAAUCUUCCUCUCGGCUUCCACACACGCUGCCUGCUCGCCCUCCACUAACAAUGCCGAUGCCACGGGGCUGGUGGAAGAGCUGACCUGGGCUGUCCGUCUGGACCCCUCUCAAGGCUCUGGACGGAGAGAGGAGUUGGAUGCUCUUGCCAAUGAACUUUCGGAUUUUGCAGGGCUUGAAAACCGAGGUGUCAUAGGAGAAUUAAAAGACCAUUACCUUUUUGCACAUGUAGGUGAUGGACAUUGUCAUGAGGAAGUUCGUGAGACCAUCCAUGACCUUUUCACACAACACGACAGCGUGAGAUGGUUCUCGGAACAAAAACUACUGAAGAGAUCCAAGAGGAGUUUGCACUUUAAUGAUCCUAAAUAUCCAUUACAGUGGCAUUUGAACAACACUCGCUACCCUGGAAUGGACAUUAAUAUUACUGGCGUGUGGGAAAAAAAUGUUACUGGCCAGGGAGUCACUGUGGUGGUCGUAGAUGAUGGGGUCCAGUACACAAACCAGGACAUUCAGUCAAAUUAUAGUCCGGAAGGUAGCUAUGACCUCAACUCCAACGAUCCAGACCCCAUGCCUCAUCCUGAUAAAUUCAGCGACAACCAUCAUGGAACCCGCUGUGCUGGGGAAAUUGCUGCAGUUCCUAACAAUAAUUUCUGUGCAGUUGGUGUGGCCUAUGGUAGCAGAAUUGCAGGGAUCAGAGUUCUAGACGGCCCUCUUACAGACAGCAUGGAGGCAAUUGCCUUCAACAAACACUAUCAGAUCAAUGACAUCUACAGUUGCAGCUGGGGCCCUGAUGAUGAUGGAAAAACUGUUGAUGGACCUCAUCAGUUGGGAAAGGCUGCCCUACAGCAUGGAGUCAUUGCUGGACGAAAAGGAUUUGGAAGUAUUUUUGUAGUGGCCAGUGGUAAUGGAGGCCAGUACAAUGAUAACUGUAAUUACGAUGGAUAUGCCAACUCUAUUUAUACUGUCACUAUAGGUGCUGUUAAUGAGGCUGGAAAAAUGCCUUUCUAUGCAGAGGAGUGUGCUUCAAUGUUGGCAGUGACCUUCAGUAGUGGAGACAGACAGAUGAGAAGUAUUGUGACUUCAGACUGGGACUUGCAGAAAGGCACAGGUUGCACAGAAGGCCACACAGGAACUUCUGCAGCGGCUCCAAUAGCUGCAGGGAUGAUUGCUCUGAUGCUACAGGUCCGGCCUUGCCUGACAUGGAGAGAUGUCCAGCAUAUAAUCGUAUUUACUGCAACAAAGUAUGAAGACCGUUUUGCAGCAUGGGAAACUAAUGGAGCAGGCUUCAGUCACAGUCAUCAGCAUGGUUUUGGCUUGUUAAACGCCUGGCGUCUCACCAAUGCAGCAAAGAUUUGGGAGUCUGUCCCUUAUUUAGCUUCCUAUGUCAGUCCAUUGCUAAAAGAAAACAAGAACAUUCCUAUAGUUCCCAGCAGGCUGGAGUUAAACUGGAAUGUGACUGCUUCUGACCUCUUGCUCUCUGGAAUGAGGGCAUUGGAGCAUGUAGCAGUGACGGUGACUAUUAAACAUCCACGACGUGGGAACUUGCAGAUGCAACUCUAUUGUCCCAGUGGGGUGUCUUCCCUUAUAGGAGCCACGAGGAAGAUAGACAAUGAUCCAGGUGGCUUUUCUGACUGGACAUUUUCAACAGUUCGUUGUUGGGGAGAGAAUGCUGAAGGAAUGUAUAGGCUGCUAGUAACUGACCUAGGAGACGAAACACUUAAAAAAGGCAUUUUUCAGACCUGGCAGCUAACGCUUUAUGGUUCUUCCUGGACAGCUGAAGAUGUCGCUGAAAGAAGAAGGCUUGUGGAGCUCGCUCAGAGUGGUCAGUUCCUUAAUGGGAAUUUUUCUCUGCCUUGUCCUCCUGGCUUGGAGAUCUCUGAACAAGAAAGCUACACCAUUACUAAUAACACUCUGCGGACUCUUAUGCUCCUGGGCUGUUUUGCUGUAUUUUGGUCCCUGUACUAUACCAUAGAGCUGUACCUUUCUCGAAUGUCCAGCAGUAAAGAUCUGGAUCUUAGCUGUGACGUUUCCCCUUGCAUUUGGACCCAACAGCGGGCUGCCCCUAGCCCCCGGCAGCUAGAAGCAGGCACUGAGAUUGAAUCAUUACCCCUAUGUGGUUUAAAAGACACUGUUCUGGAGGGUGAGGAAGAUGAUGAAGAUUGCAGUCAUGUUCAUAGGAAUCACUACUCGUCAAAUCACAAUAGAUUAAAUAUAGCUUCUGCGGGACAUAGACAAGGCUUGACCGACUUUAAUUUGCACAAACAUAUAAGGCAGGCUACUCCUGAUGUUGAUACAAAUAUACAUGACCUAAAGGAUAUUGGAUACAAGUAAGUAAAAUGGAUAUUUGGGUCUGGAAAAAAGAAAAUGCUGGGAACAGAACACAGUGGUUUAUACAGGACAGUCUGUGCCUGUCCAGAUGUAAUAUUGGAAUUUUGCCUUAUCCUAUCAUCAUUAUCCUCUUAAAUGAUGACGUAAGUAUGGAGGAGAGCAGCCUCUAGAAUCUCCCCUUCAAGAUGGCUUUAGUUUGUAUGGAUUUCUUCAGAUGCUGGCGGUUUGGGACUAGAAACAUGCAUAUUGUACAUGGAAUUUAUUUACUGAUUUAACUUUAAUACGGGUGAUCGUUUUUUUUUUAGGCAUCUUAAAGGGACACUGCAACCUCAAAACAACUUUUUAUUAUUAUUAUAGGAAAAAUCUUUUUACAAACAAACUUUCAAUGUAUUUUUAUGAAGAUAUGAUUUCUUUAAAAUGGAUAUCACUUCUUCCUUCCCAACAAAAUAUUUUUCUACCUACACUACAGUGGAAUUUCUUUAAUUCAGCAUGCACUGGUCCGAGCUUGUAUCUAAUUCUCAUAUGAUCCAAGUUAUUAGGCUACUUUCAGUAAUUUGGGUGUGA